AUGAAUAUAUUAAAUUUUUUAAAGAAUAUAAAAUUUCAAUUAGAUAAAAUAAAUAUAAGUUUUGUUUUUUUUCAGAAUUUAUUUCUUUUUAAUUUUCCACUAAAAAACAUUGAAAUAAGAAAUAUAAUUUUUGAAUUUAAUUUUAUAAAAGAAGUGUUUAGUUUUUUUAAUAAAAAAGAAAAAAAAAGAAAAAAAAAAGAAAUAUGUUUUGAUAAAUUAAAUAUAUUAUUUGAUUUUGAAGAUUAUGAGAAAUAUAAUUCUUAUUAUAAUUAUUAUUUUAAAUUGGAUAAACCUAAUUAUUUUAAGGAAAUUAUUUCUUAUAUUUGUUUUAAAGUAUUUAUUUUGUUUUUAAAAAUACUUUUAAAAUUUUAUUAUAUUAGAAUAAAAAAAAUUUAUAUAAAAAUAUAUUAUAAUCAUAAACAUAGGCAUAAUAAAUAUUGUGAUAAUAAUAAAAAUAUAUGUAAUGGAAAAAGUAAAUAUCAUCUUUUAUUUUAUGAUAUUUAUCUUUUACAAAAUAAAGUAGGAAAAAGUAAAAAUCUCAUAAAGGAAAAAGAAGAAGAAGAAAAAGAAGAAGAAGAAAAAGAAGAAGAAAAAGAAGAAGAAAAAGAAAAAGAAAAAUCAGUUAAUAAUAAUAAUGACAAAUUUAGCUAUAUUUUUACAUGUGAAAAAAUUGUUUUUAAUAAAGAAAAUAACAGAAAUAAUUUAAUUUUAAUUAAAAAUUCCUUUUUUUUUAUUGAAGAAAAAAAGAUAUAUUUUCCAAUUUUUUUUAUUAAAAUAAAAUUAUGUGAACUUAAAGAAAUUUUAUUUUUAAUAAGUAAUAAAAAAAAAAAUUUUUUGUAUGAUUUAAUAAAAAUUGUUAAAAAGGAAAAUUUAGAGAAUAUAACUAAUCAUAAAAACAGAAAUAAUUUUAAUCUUUUUUUAAGAAAUUUCCUCAUUUGUUUUAACAAAUUAUUUAUCAAUGUUCAUUUAAAAAAUAAAAUAUUAAAAAAUAAAAUAAAAAAUAUAUAUUUUAAAAGUGUAAAAAAUGAAGAAGGAUAUUAUAAUUUCAAAUUCAUUUUUAAAUAUUUUUUUUCUUAUGCAGAAAAAAAUUUAAUUUUAAUUAGUGAAAGAAAUAAUACUUUAGAAAAAAAAAUAUCACUAAAAAAUUCUUUAAUUAAAAAUAGCAAUAAAUACAAUUUAAAAAACAUAGAUGUAGUAUAUAAUAAAUUUAAGGUGUUUAAAAGAGAAAAAAAUGUGAUAUUUGAAAAAUUAUAUAACAAAUAUUAUUUUAAUUUAAACAAUUUGUUUUUUGUUUUUGAAAUAAUAGAAUUUUUAUAUAUUUAUCAAGUAUUAGAAGAUGAAUUUUUAUUAUAUUGGUGUAAUGAAAAUGUAAAAGAAGAAAAAUACUAUACCAACAAUAUUAUGAAUAGCAAUAAUAUUUAUUUUAUAUGUAUUAAGAAUAGUUUAAUAUAUAUAAAUAAAAAUAUAAAUAAAUUUGUUUUAUUAUUUCAGAAUUCUAAAUUAAAAAAUUAUGAAGAGGAAUUAUGUUAUAAUACUUGUCUUUAUGAUAGAGGAGAAAUAAUAAAAAUAGAAAUAGAAAAGAUAUACAAUUAUAAAAAAAAAAAAAAAGGAUUUUAUGAAAAUUUUAAUAAUAAUUGUAUAACACAGUAUGAUAGUAAGAAUGAUAAUUAUACAUUUCCUACUUAUGAAGACAAUAUUUUGUAUGUAUUAAAUGAAAAAUCCUACUAUUUUUUUGUUGAUAAUAUUACAUUUAAAAGUGUUUAUUAUAAUAAUAAUAUCUUAUAUGAAUAUAUAUUAAAUGAAAAAACUAAUAUUAUUUUAAAAAAGGAAAAAGGAAUAAAUCUGAUAACAAUUUAUUUAAAUAAUUUCAUAUGGAAUUUAUCAUCAUUACACAUAAAUUUCUUUUAUUAUAUAUACACAGUUUAUUGUAUAAAUAUAAAAAAGAGAUUAUAUUGUAUUAGAAAUCCAUUAAGAAAAAAGAAUAAAGUAGUAAAAAAUGCCAAUUUAAAUAAUUCAUUUUUUUUUAUAAGUUUGAUAGGUUGUAACUGUACAUUAAAGUUAUUUUGUAUUUCUUAUAAUUUUGAAAUAGAUAAUAAUAACAUAAAUAUGUUAAAGAAAGAAAAAGAAAAAGAAAAAGAAAAAGAUAAACUGACAUAUAUAUUAUUUACAUUUGAUUUGAAAUAUAUUUUAAAAAUUAAUGAAGAAACAAAAAAAAUAAAUAAAACUAAUAUUAUAUAUAUGAAUUAUUUUUAUUUUUAUAAUGCAAAAAUUCAAGUAGAAGACUGUGAUAAUAUAUUAAAGAAUUUGUGUAUAUUUAAGAAAAAGAAAAGAAUAAGUAAUAACAAAACAUAUAAUAUUAUCACCAGUAAUUAUGAUUUUUGUAUCAAAAUUAAGGAUAAGAAAAUUUAUGUAGAUGUAGUAAAAAAAGCAAAAAUAAUAUUUUUAAAUUUCAUUAUAUAUCAAAUUUAUUUAGCUGUUAGACGAAUUAUUUAUUUAUCUAGUGUAAAUAUCAAAAACAAAAACGUGAUAAAAAAAUUUAAAAAAGAGAAAAAAAAAAUCAAAAUGAAUGUGUUUAACUUAUUAAAAAAAAAAAUUCAUUAUGCAAAUAAUAAACAUAAAAAUAAUUUUAAUUAUUUAAAUAGUUUUUUUAGUGAUUUUUAUAUAAAUGAAGUUGAUGAUAAGUUUUUAUCAAUGAAAUACUAUUAUUUGAAACAUUUUCAUAAGAAUAAUUUUAAAUAUAAAAUAAAAUCAGUUUAUAAUAAUGAUACUAGUUUAAAAUAUUUAAUUCAGAUUAGGUUAAAAUGUAAAGCAAUAUUUUUAUCAUUCGAUCAUUCUUUAAAUUGGAAUUAUUUAAGAAAGAUGGGAAAUAAUGAAUUGUUAAAAAAUCAGUUUAAAGUAAAUCUAAUUGGUAACAUAUGUUUAUUUUAUUUUGAUAUAUUGAAUAAAAAUAAUGUAGAAUUAAACAGAUUUAUAAAAUUAUAUAUAAAUUUUUAUAAAUUAAAGUUAAAGAAAAUUACGAAUUUUAAUAAAACUUAUACUAUUUUAUAUUUUAAAAGUACACUUCAACAUGAUAAAUAUGAUGUUUUUCAUAAAAAUUUUAAUAAAAUAUUUAUAAAAAAAAAAAUUAACCAUAAUAUAAGUAAUAAAACCAAAAAUUACUUCAUUUUAGUAUCAAGUAUAAAUAAUAUUGAUUUUACACAUAAAAUAAAUAAUUUUUUUUUUAAGAAUAGACAUAAUUUUUGUUUAGAAAACUCAACAAAAAAUAAACAUUUCAUAGAUGAAAUAAAAACAUUUUAUAAAAAAAUAGAAAAUGUUAAGAAAUUUAAUACAAAAACAAAUAUAUAUGGAAAUAAUGCAUCAAUUAUAUUUAAAACGAACGAUUUCUUUCAUUUUUUGAAUAAAUAUUUGUUUACUGAUUUUUUUAAUUUAUUUUCAUUAAAGAAUUUUUGCGAAAUAAAAGUUUUAAACAAUGAAGAAAAUUUUUUUUUUGAAGAAAAAGAAUUAUACGAUAAAUUUUCAUUUAGGAAUUAUAUGAUUUUAAAAAAUCAAAUGAUAAAUUAUGAAAAUAAAAAUGAAUUAUUAGAAAUUGAAGUAUUUCAACCAAAUUUAAUUAACAAUAAAAUUAAUUUAAAUAAUUUGUAUAAAAUUAAAAAAUACAAUAUGAAAAAUAUUUUAGUGAGUUUAAAUAAAUAUAAUAUAAUUUUUGAUAAUGCAGUUUUAUUUAUACCUUCAAUUAUAGAUAAUAAAAACUUUAUAAUAGGAAAGAGUAAUUUUUAUAUAAAAAAUAAAAUAAUAUUUAAAAAGAAUAAAAUAAAAAAAAGAAUUUUAUUAUAUGAUAAAAUUUAUGUUUAUUUUUUGAACAGCUAUUUCUAUUCUAAUGAAAAAUGUAAUAUAAUGAAAAAUGUAAAUAUCUUAUUAAAUUAUUAUAGAAAUGUUAUAUAUAAAAUAAAUUUAUUUUCAUUAUUUAUAUAUGCUACAGGAAUAGUAUAUUUAUCACCUAUUAAUUUUAAGCUAUUUCAAGAUAUUUUUAUAGAAAAUAUAUUAAAUAACAAUUUAGAAUAUUUUUAUAAAAAACUAUAUAAAAAUAAAAUUGAAAAUGAAUUAUAUGAACAUAAUAAUUUAAUAAAUAAAUUAAAUUCUAAUAAUAACAAUAGUACUAAUAACAAAAAUGAUGAUAAUCAAAUUAAUAUUAAUCGUUCUGGAAUCAAAGGUUUUAAUUUAAAUGAAAAGAAAUUUCUAAUAAUUAAAGAAGGAAGAAAAGAUAUAAACAUUAUUUUAUAUUUUUUUAAUAUUCACAUAUACUUAGAAAAUGAUCAUUUAAGAAAUAAAAUAAGUUAUAUUUUUAGCAAAUAUACAUAUAUUAAAAUUAUAAAAUAUUUAAGAGAACAUAAUAUUUUAACAUAUAUUAAAGGAAUAACUCCUAUUGUUCUGAAUUUUUUUUAUGAAUAUCCAUUUGAUGUAUUAUUACACUAUAAAAAAAUUAAAAAAAGUAAUUAUGUGAAAAUUCUUUCAAGUAUGAAUAAUAUUAAAUAUAUUUCAGAUUUUAAAAUAUUUGAUUUAUUUUUAAAAAAUAAAUUAUAUAAUUACAAUAGGUUACAAAGAAAAAAAAAAAAAAAAAAAAUGUAUGAAAUUUUUUAUAAUAGAUUUAAAAGAAAUGAUAUGGCAUUAGAUAUUAUAAAUGACAUACAUAUAAAAGUUAAUAGAGUUUUUCUAAGUGCUGAUAUUUUUGAAUUAUAUAAUUUAUACGUAUUUUAUUUUAUUGAUGAUAGAAAUAUAUUUAUUAACCAAAUAGAAAAGUUACUAAAAUUUGAGAGAUAUGUAAAACAUUUAUAUAACAAUUUAUAUAUAGAUAAAAGAAAAGAAUUAAUUUCAAAGAAAAGUGAAACAUAUAAUGUGGAUAGAUGUAAAGGAAAAUACAGAAAUUAUUUCAAUUUAAGAAAAAUAAAAAUGAACGUAUUAAGAAAAAUACAAGAAAAAAAACCAAAUAAUUCGUUAAUAUACAUGUAUAAAAAAAUGAUAAAAAAUUUAAAUUCAUUUGAUUUCAAUAAUUAUAAUUGUAUAAUAAAAACUAAUAAUAUAUAUAAGACCAUUAUAAAUGUUAAAUAUAUUAAUUUUAUGUUUAAUUUUUUAUUUUAUGAAAAUAUUUUAAGUACAGUAGAAAAAUUGUGUAAAAGGAAUACUGAGAAAUAUAACAAAAAUAUAUUCAGUUUAAUUUUUAAAGGAUCAGUAGAUUUGUGUAUAUUAUUUAAUUUGAGAAAAAGUAUAUUUUUGAAUUUUGUUAAAAAUUCUAAAUAUGUAUUUUUUAAUAAUUUUAUUUUUGAUAACUAUUUCGAAAAAGAAAAGGAGAAAGAAAUUUUGUCUAAAAAAAAUAUGGAAGAUUUAAAAAAUAUUUUAUUAAAUAUAUAUGAAAACAUAAAAGAAGAAUUAAAAGAAUUCAUCUACUUUAAUUUUAAUUUAAGAAAAAAAAAAAACAAUUUAUAUUUAUUAAAUAAUAACUCCUUUUAUUGUAUAAGUAAAAAUAUAGAUAUGGGAAUAUUUAUAAAAAAUGAAAAAUUUGUAUAUUUUUAUAAUAAUAUAAAAAAGGUAAAACUUAAUCAUUUUUAUUUUAAUAAUAUUUUGUUUAAUAAUUUAACAGAGAAAAACGUCUACAUAAAAAAAAAUGAUAAUAAACACAAUAAUAAAAAUAAUAAACAUGUUAUUUAUGAUGUGCAAAUAAUAAAUAAUAAAAAUGAAAAUAUAAUUAAAAGCAAUAAUAUCUCGAAUUGGGAAUAUGAAAGGAAUAAUUUAAUAGGAUUACCAAUUAAUAAUAAUAAUAUUAAUAUAAAUAAUAAUAAUAUAAAUAAUAAUAAUAUAAAUAAUAUUAAUAUAAAUAGUAAUAAUAAUAUAAAUAGUAAUAAUAAUAUAAAUAGUAAUAAUAAUAUAAAUAGUAAUAAUAUAUAUAAUAAUUAUAAUGGAUACAAGAAAGAGAAUGAGAAUAAAUUUUUAGAACCAAAAUAUGUGAAUAUAACUUUAAACUAUGUAAAUAUAAUAAUAAAAUUAAAAGAUUUUUUAUAUUUAAUAAAUAAGUUUUAUGAAAUGACAUAUUUUUUAAAUUAUUAUGAAGAAAUGAAUGUAUGCUUUUUUAAAAUAUGUGAAAAAAUAUUGAAAAAUAAAUACCUAUGUAAAAUAAAUAGAACGAAGGAAUUUAAAUAUUCUACUUUGAUAGUUAAUACUUUAAUUAGUAAUUUGCAUAUUCACAUAUAUGAAAACAUAUAUUAUCGUAAAUUAAAAAAUUGGGAAAAAAAAAAUAUAAUUUAUUUAAAUACUAAAGGAACAUAUGAGUAUAUUUCUUGUAAUAAAAGAAAUGAUACUUUACUAAAAAAGCAUGAAUUUAAUUUAAUUCUUGACUUAUUUUUUUCAGAAAAUAAUAUAUAUGAAGAGUUUGCAAAGAAAAUUCAAAUACAUUGUAUUUACAUAAAAACUAAAGGACAAGAUAAUUUUUUUGUAUUUUUUAAAAAUCCUUUAAAUGUAUUUUUAACCAAAAAUUCAUUUAGAAAGUUUCUAUACUUAUACGAUGAGUUAAAAAAUGAAAAAAAUUAUAAAAUGACUGAAAAAAAUGUAUGUAAGAUAUCAUCCUAUAAGAAAAAAAGAGUAGAUAAUAACAAACAUAAUAAAUCUAGUAAAUUGGGAGAAUUGGAGAAGAUAAAGAAAAAUGAUAAAAAUAAAAAUCAUUUAGAUUACGAUAAAGUUGUAGAAAACAUUUCUUCUCAUAAUUUAGACAAUUUAAUUUUAUCAUAUAAAGAGAAAUAUUCUAUUUUAAAUUAUACAGAAAAUUUGAAAGAACAAAGAAAAAAAAGUUAUAUUGAAAGUAGAUAUUUUAAUAUAUCUCAUAAUAAUUACGUAAUAAUAAAUUAUAUCAAAGAAAAGAUUCAUUCAUAUAAAAAUAAAGAAAUAAAAAACAAAAAAAUGAAAAAAGGAGAUCCUUUACUUAUGUUUUAUUUAAAAAAAGGAAAUAUAAUAAUAUUUCCUUCAUUAAAAGAAAAUAUCACAAAAAAAAAUAAUUUAAUUAUGAUUAAAAAAAAUAAUUUUUUUAAUUUUAUUUCAAAUAUAUGCAUAUUUAAUAAUUCCAAUUAUGAUAUGAUAUUUUUAUAUAAAAAUUAUAAAUGCUUCUUAUAUUCAAAAAAAAAUUCUUAUAUAACAUCUUUUAAUAUGACAAAUGAUAACUUUUGUAUACUUAUCUUUUACAAAAAAAAAUUAUAUUUUUCAGAACAAAUUAAUUUAGAUUUAUUAAAAAAAGGAAAUUUUAAAAAUAAAGAAAAAGCAUUACAAAUUAUUCAAGAUAAAAAAAAUAACUUAAGUAAAAUAAGUAACAUAAAUAAAAUUGAUAGCAUAUAUUGUAUACUUAAUAAUUUAAUAUAUUUAAAAGAAAUUGAAGAUAUUAGAAAAUUUUUAUUUAUAAAUUCUGAUAAAAAUAAUAAUCAUAAAGAUGAUGUAAAUAAUUUUCAUUUUAAUAAAUAUAAUAUAUAUAAUAUUUUAGAUAGAAAAUUUAUAAAACUAAUAUUAAAUGAAGAUUAUGUAAUUAGUUUUAGGAAUAAUAAUAGUUUUAUAUUAGAUUUAACUAUAAUUAAAAAUGAAAAUAGUUUAUAUAUGCAUAUAGAUACAAAAAUGAAAUUAAGAAAUUGCUUACCAUUGAAAGUGUAUUAUAAAUGUGAAAAUAAACUGAAGGUUAUAAGUCACUUUAAGCAGAAAGAUAUUUUUUAUAAUGACUUUAAUUUGAAUGUUAAAUUUAACGUAUUAUAUGGAAACAAAUUAGAAAUAUAUGAAGAAAUAGAAGAUGGAAAAAAAAAAAGUAAAAACAUAACUAACCAAACUGGAAAUAGCCAUAUAAAAUUAUAUUACACUAAUAUUAUAAAAAAAAACAAUGAAAUUAUAAUAACAUGUUAUACAUUAAUUUAUUUAUAUAGUUUUAAUAUAAAAAAUAUAGAGUUUGGUAAAAAGAAAAUACAUUUUAUUAAUGAUAUAAUUAAUAAAGAAAUGAAUAAAAUAAUAUUUACAUAUUCUUUAAAAGAAAUGAAAACAUUCAUUGGUUUUUAUAAUGAGCCAUUUGAUAAUGUUAUUUUUGAAAAUAAUAAAAUAAGCAAUAUAUCAAUUGAUAAUUACACAGAGGUAAAUAUAUAUGAGAAUGUAAAUAAUCAAUUGUAUGUUUCAAGUUAUAUAUUAAAUUACAUCAAAAAUAAUAAUAAUAAUAAUAAAAUUAAUUCAUUAUUAAUUAUUUAUCCACAAUAUAUUUUAAUAAAUAACACAAAUUAUAAUUUAGUUAUGUUUGCUACAAAUAAUGUAAAUUAUGUUUUUCAAAGAAAAUCUAAAAAUGUGAUUAAUUUAAUUGGAAAAAAUGAAAAAAAAUUUUUUUUUAAAAUAAAAAACACUAAUCAUUUUAACGAUUAUAUUUUUUUAAGUGGAUUAAUUGAUAUAUCUAAAGAAUCAUCAUAUAUUUUUUGUUUCACUAAAUUGUAUGAAUUUCAAGAAAAGAAAAGAAAAGAUAAUAAAGUUAAUAAAUUAGAAAAGUUAGGUAAAUUCAAAAAUAAAAAAAUUUUCAUUAAUUUAAAAAUUAGCAUAUGUGAAGGAAAAAGGUUAAAAGAAAAUAUUUCUUUCAACAAUAGUUUUUAUAUAAUAAUAUGUGAGCAUAAAACUUCUAAUGAAAAAAAAAAAAAAUAUAUAAAAUAUAUAAAUGAUAAUAUAUCAAAUUUUAUGGAUAGCAAUGAUAAUACUAUUAUGAAUAUAAAUAAAUAUAUAGAAAAAGAAGAAGAAAUAAAAAAAAUUUAUAUUUAUAAUAGUAUGAAUGAAAGUAUAAUAUUUGAUAUAUUUCACUAUAGUGAGAUUAUUUAUUUAAUAAAAAAUUCAGCUAAUAAAAAUAAUGAAAAGAUAAAUUAUAUAAAUGGAAACGAAUUACAUAACAACAAUGAAAGUGAACAAAUUAAUAACAAUAAAAAUAAAGAAAAUUUCUUUUUCAAUAUUUUCAAUGUAGAAAGUAGUGAUAACACCAGUUCAAGUAAAUUUUCUAGUAGUAGUGAAAAUGUGUGUUAUGAUUCAAAUAAAUUAUCAAAAGAUAAUUUAAAUUAUAUAAUAAAAAAUAAACAUUAUUUUCAAAAUUAUGUGAAAAAAAAUAAAAAGAAGAUUAGAUUUAUAAAAGAGAAUAGUAUAAAACACUUACCUUUGAGAAAAAAUAAAAAUAUAAAAAAUUCCUUUUUUAUUAUAUAUCCUUAUAGACAUUCGGAAAAAAGUGAAAUUAUUAAAUUUACAUUAGAAAAAAAAAGAUACAUAUUAAAAUAUACAGAAAAAAAUAAAAUAACAUUUAUAGAAAUAUUUAUAAUUCAAAAAAAAAAUAAACUCUUCAUUAAAAUUUCACAUUAUGUUGAUAACGUAAUACAAAUUAAAGGUAAAAUAGAUAUGAAUUUAUUAUUUAAGGAAAAUGUUAAUAUGAAAGAAUUGAAUAAUCAAGAUGUUAAUAAUGAAAAGGUGAUUGCUUUAAAAAAACGAAAGAAUAAAAUAUAUUUAAGAAAUGACGUUAUAAGUAAAUAUAUUAUUAACGAAAGUAAUUUUUUUAAAAAAUAUAUAACUAUUUUUUAUUCUAUUAUUAAAAGAAGAAAUAAUAAAAAAUUUCUAAUUUAUAAAAAAGAUAUUUUCAAUAAAAAUAAAAUAAUUGAUAAUUCUGUAUUAUCUAAUAUUCUUGAUUAUAAAAAGAAUAAACGUUUUUGUAAGUUUUUUAAUACUGUAGAAUUUAAUAACAAAAAGUUUAAAAAAAAAAUUAUAUGGGGUAUGUUGAGAUAUAAUAAUAACAAAAAUAUAAAAAAAAAAAAAAAUUAUAAAAUAAAUAAUUUAACAAAAAAAUCAUAUUAUCAACUUUUUGAAAAUAAAAAUGUUACAUUCAUUGAAAAUAUGAAUAAAUAUAAAUUUUUCUUCAAAAAUUCGAAGAAAAAAAAAUCCGCAAACAUUAAUUAUUAUUUUGAAAUAAAAAAUGACAUAAAAAUAAACUUAUUUUCCACCUUUUUGAUAAUGAAUAAUGAUAUAAUUAAACAAAAAAAAGAGGAUAUUAAUUAUGUGGGAGAAUUAGAACAAAAAGAAGGAUAUUUAAUAAAAACAUAUGAUAGUAUUGAGAGAAAUUCAUCUAUAAAAAAGAAGAAAAAUUCUCACAUCUUUACAUUUGUUCUACUCAAUGCUAAUAUGUUAAUAACAAGAGAAAUCACUAAAAAUAGUGUUUUAUUUUUUGCAGAGGAUUUUUUUAUCUUUGAUUUUUCAUCUUGUAAUAAUAAAAAGAUAUUUUUCAAAAAAACAAUAGACAAUAAUUUAUAUAAACAAAAAAGUAAUAAAAUUUACAAAAAUGAAAAUAAUACAAAUGAGAAAUUUAAUAUUAAUAAUUUAAUAAAUUUGGAAUUAAUUUAUGAAAAUUAUAAAAAUUCAGGAAAAAUAAAAAAAUUUGAAUUUUCUUUAUCACAUAUAUAUAUAAAUUUAUCAUUAGAAGUUAUUGAAAAAUUCUACUAUUGUUAUGAAAAAUUUUUUAAAAGAAAAAAAUUAAAAAAGAAUUACAAGAAAGAUCGUUUUAUUUUUGAAUUACAUAAUAAUAUUUCUAAUAAUCGAAAGGAAGGAAAAAGAGGAAAGAUAAAAAUUGAAAAUUUAAAAGUUUAUCCAAUGAAAAUAAAUUUACUUUUUAUAAAAAGAAAUGAUCUAAGCAUAUAUAAAUACAAAAGAAAAAACAUAUUUACACUUGGUGUAAAACUUUCUUAUUUAAGUGAUAUAAAAGAUGCAGAAUUUUUUAUAAAUUCAUUGUAUUUAAAAGAUAUAAAGGAAAGAGAUUUUUCAAGCUUUACUAAUUAUAUUUUGAAUUUUUAUAUGAAGGAGUUAUAUAAAAAUUUAUUUUUCUAUUUAACAAAAAUGAAUUUAAUAAAUAAAUAUAUAAAUAAUUAUUAUAACUUUUUUCAUUUAUUAAUAGAUAAUAACUUAUUCAAUGCAGAUAUAUCUAAAAGUUUUAAAAUUACAAAAAAUGAAAUAGAAAAAAAGGAAAAUAUUUGUAUAAAUAAUAAUAAUUCAAAUGAAGAACAACUAUUAUUGAAAGAUUUAAAACAAAAUGAAUAUAAUGAUUGUAAUAAUAGAGAUAAAAAUAUGAUCUAUAAAAAACCAGUUAGUGUAAUAAUAGAAAAUAAUAAGGGGAAAAGAAAAGAAAAAUUUCAUCAAUGUUGGGAAAAUCUGAAUAUUUUUAGUGAUUCAAACUUUUAUGUAAAACAAAAAAAGAAAAAAAAAAUUAAAAAUAUUAAUAAAAAACUUUUUUAUAUCCUCAAUGAUAAAAAAGUUUUUAUUUUUAAUGAUGAAGAUAAUAAUGAUUUAUGUGGUUAUAAUAUUAAUAAUAUUAAUAAUAAUUUUAUUAAGAAUUAUAAGAAUGAAAAAAUAGAAAAGAAAGAACAUUUAGGUAAUUUUAAUUUAUUUAAUAAUAGUUUAAAAACGUUAGGAAAAGAAAUUUUAUCUAGUAUCAAUUACUACCUAUAUGAUAAGAAUAACCAAAAUUUUAUAGAUAAAAGAAAAGAAAACUUAAGAAGAGAGAAAAUAUUUAUUUUGCAAUAUUUUUCAAACAACAUAAAAGAAACAAACUUUAAUAGAAACAAUUCUUUGAAGAAUGAUACUGGAGAGAAAAAAGAAUUUAUGACAUAUUUUUCUAUUUAUAAGAAAAAUGAAAUUGUUUAUCAACAUUAUUCUUCUAAAAUAUAUAACCUAUAUAAUAAAUUUUUAAAAAGGAAUUUAAUAAUUAAUAGUUACAUUUACGAUGAGAAAGAAAAUUUCUUAUUCUUUUUUUGUGAUGAAUACUUUAUUAAAUUAAAUAGUAAAAAUAAGAUUAUAAUGAAAAAAGCAAAUAUAGUUAGAGUAGAAAUCAGUUGUAUUUAUUUUAAUUUGAUAUUUGAUAAAGAAAAAAGCUUAAUAUUAAAUAUAAAAAAUAUAAUUAAAAAAAAUAAAAAUAAUUUUUUAUGUUUUUAUUUUGAUAUUUUAUUUAAAAAGAAUAAAAAAAGAUUGAUAAAUAAAAUUCAGAAAAAAUUAUUAAGAAUACUAUAUUUUUUGUAUUAUAUCUUUCAUUUCAUUCAUAAUUACAAUAAAAAGGUAACUCAUUUAAAAAAAAAUGUCUCUUUAAAAAAAGAGGUUAGUCCUUCAGUAACUAUUUUUGAAGAUCAUCAAAAAGAAUUUUUUGCAUUUUCAUCAAUAAAACAUUUAAAUUUUUUUUAUUUGCACAUUAAAAAUUUUCUUUUUAAUUUAUUCCAAUGA